UCCGAUCCGGUUUGCUUGCCUUGUAUUGCGCAGAGCCGCAAGGACGUGGAGGGGUCGCUGUUCGUCGUGAAGAGGAACACGCAGCCGAGGUUUCAGUUUAUCGUCAUGAACAGGCGGAACACGGAUAAUCUGGUGGAGGAUUUAUUAAGUGAUUUUGAAUACGAACUUCAACCUCCAUAUUUGUUGUACCGGAAUGCUGCACAAGAAGUAAAUGGUAUUUGGUUUUACAAUCAGCAGGACUGUGAUGCUGUAGCAAAUCUUUUUGGAAGGAUACUUAAUGCUUACGCCAGAGUACCUCCAAAAGCUAAAGUGCCCUCCACCAAAAGCGAGUUUGAGGAAUUGGAGGCUGUUCCUACGUCCGCUGCUAUAGAUGGCCCCCUUGAACCACCGCCAGCAUCCACUCUCAUUUCUGAUACUCCUGAUGAAUCACUUGCUAAUUACUUUGGUGGUGCUGCAAGCAUUGGGAGUGUAUCAAGUGGGUCAAUGGUUGGAAGAGCUCAUCCAUCCACUGAAACCACUGCGGCUUCCCACACGCCAUUGAUUAUGCCUUCUGCUGCCCAGUCGCACCAAAUACACCCUCCUUUUGGAGGUUCAUCAGCUCCACCACUGCCCCUCCAGGACACUAAUGCCCAUGCUAGCCAUUCAACAAAUCUUGUAACACCGGCAUUCUUUGCUCCUCCAUCAUCCUCUUCUGCAUCACUAGCUCCGCCGAUUUCAUCAAUGAUGCCGACAGCGCCACCUCUUCAUUCAACUUCAUCAUCUACUCAACAUCCUCAGUACGGGCAUGGCGCCCCUCUACUCCAACCUUUUCCACCACCUUCACCACCUCCAUCCUUCGCCCCUGCACACAACGACGGCUCUGUUAUUUCACGGGAUAAAGUUAAGGACGCCCUCCUGAGACUUGUUCAGAGUGACCAGUUCAUCGAUUUAAUUUACCGGGAGUUGCAGAAUGCACAUAUGUAGACUGCUUCCUAGGUGUCUUGUUGCUCGCUGCCGCGACAAGAGUGUUUCUGUUCUCUGUGAGUUUUGUACGCUGGUUCUGGAACUUCUGUAUAGCUUUGUAUUGAUGUGUUGAUGUAGAUUCUUUAUAGCUAUGGAUGGUAGUACUUAUGGUCUUCCUUGUUUACAAAUGACUAUGUCAAUGUCAUUACAUUUAUGUGUAAUUGGAAAAAAGGAGUUUGUAAGGAUGUUAUGAUAUCAUCAUUUUCGUGUGUUUUACUGA